AGGCCAUUGAAAUUCAGCUCCAAGAGGAAAUAAUUGUGGAGAUACUCAGCAGGUUACCAGUUCGAUCUCUUCAUCGAUUUAAAUGUGUGUCAAAAUAUUGGAAGGCAUUAAUAUCUGAUCCUUACUUCAGGAUGAAGCAUCUCAAUCGGGCCAAGAAUGACCGAAAUUCUCAAAAAAAUUUAAUUUCUAAAACGUGUUUUGAUAAGAAGAAGACUAGUGAUAAAAUAACUCACUUCUAUUCUUCUUCUCUAUCGUCGGCGGUUCAACUGUUUGAGGAUGAAAAAGAAGUUGAUUUUUCUCCAAACUGGACACCUUGGUGUGCUUUGAUACUUAGUUCUUGUGAUGGGUUGGUUCUUAUUAAAUUUCUUGAUCUUCGAACCGGUAAAGUUAUCCUUUCGCUGUGGAACCCCUCGACAAGGGAAUCAGUAGAACUUCCCUUGCCAAGACUUGUUCCGCUGAAACAUUGCAUAUGCGGUAUGGGAUAUGACACAACUAGUGAUGACUAUAAGAUCGUUAUGAUUAACCUGACUAGGUUUGCUCACGGAGCAAUAUCCACUGAAGUUCUAGCACUAAAGAGUGGCGGUUCCUGGAGAAGUUGCGAAUAUCCAACUGACAUUAGCCGUGUGCAGGGUGUUUGGGAUUGUGGUAUGGAUUAUUUCGCGUUUAUACAUGGAGCAUUUCACUGGGUUGGUUGCCGUUUGUCACAAUGUUAUAUUGUCGUUUCAUUUAAUAUCUCAAAUGAGGUGUACGGAGAGAUACCGUUGCUGGAUCAGAUGUGCCUUAAUUUCGACAGAAAGAAACUGACAGACGUUCUUGAUCUUGGGGUUUCAACAUUGGAAGGAAUGCUUUGUUUUUAUUCUACGUAUUAUAAAGGAGGGGAAGGCAGUUUUAAGUUGUGGGUAAUGAGAGACUAUGGUGUUAAGGAAUCUUGGACGAUAUUAGUUUCAAUCCAAGAUUCUAAUCUUUAUUCAGUUAGACCAAGAUAUAGGUUCGGGGAUGGAGAAGUGCUGCUACGCUGCAGGCAUCGGGGAUUUAUUAAGUUUAUCGAAUAUGCAACAUCCCGAGGACCAUUCGGAGUAUGGCCUUCAAGGCAAACACAUAUGCAAGACGUCGUUUAUACAGAGAGCUUGAUCUCUCCUAAAUUAUUUGCUUGUGUAUGAUUUUCAAACUUUUCUAUUUUUGUUUUUACGUUGAAGAUGAUGUAAUAUAUGUAACUUCUGUUUCGGAAUUGACAUAUUUAUCAAAGGUUUCAGCUUUUAUUAUUUCACCUA